AUGGAUUCCAACCUAUGCAUCACCCUUUUGGGAUUCUCCUUUAUGAUCAUCUUCCUCAGCCAAACCCGAACUAAAGUUGCUGCAACGUCUAACUACCUCCACCAUUAUUGUCCAAACACGACCACUUUCACCACCAACAGCACCUACCAAUUCAACCUCAAUCGACUCCUCGCUUCCCUCUCAUCCAACGCCUCCCGCAACGAGGGAUUCCACAAAGCCACCGCCUCCGAUGAAACGGUCUACGGCCUCUUCCUCUGUCACGGAGAUAUCCCCGCCGACUCCUGCCGAGCCUGUGUUGCUGGCGCAGCCAGAGACUUAGUCGAGCGCUGCCCCGAGGAGAAAGUGGCCGUGGCCUGGUACGACGAGUGCAUGCUACGCUACUCAGACCAGCGUUUCUUCUCCAGCAUGGACCCCGUACCUUCCGCUUACACGUGGAGCACCCAGAAUGUUUCGGAGGCAAACCUAUUUGACGAGCUGGUGAGAGCAACAAUGGAGGAGUUGGCAAGCGAGGUGAUCAAAGAUGUAGGGUCGGGGGCCAAGAAGUUUGGGACGAAAGAAGCGAAUUUCACAGGGUCACAAAAGCUUUACACUCUUGCCCAAUGCACGCCGGACCUCUCGCUUCAUGACUGCAAUAGGUGUCUGCAGAUAGCCAUAGCGAGUCUGCAGAGUUGUUGUGGUGGAAAGCAAGGGGGCAGAGCUCUGUUUCCAAGUUGCCAUGUUAGGUUUGACGUGCACCCGUUUUACCAGGCAGUAAAAAAAAGGGCCCCAACGCCUACUGCAGCAUUUCUUCCUCCAUCUUCUCUUCCGGCGAGAAAACCGAAAGGAAAAAUUCAAUUAUCACCGCUGAUAAUUACUGUCAUUGUUACACCAAUUUUUGUCUCUCAUGCGGCGCUAUUCUUCAUGGGGUACUACUUCCUCAGUCGGAGAUCAGCAAGAAAAAAGUACAAUGCCAUGCAGGAAGAAAAUGCUGCGAAUCACAUUACAACUGCAGAGUCCUUGCAAUUUGAUUUUGCUACAAUUGAGGCUGCCACUGGCAAAUUCUCAGAUGAUAACAAACUUGGUGAAGGAGGAUUUGGUGCAGUUUACAAGGGUACACUUCCUAAUGGACAAAGAAUAGCUGUGAAGAGGCUAUCGAAAAGUUCUAGACAAGGUGCAGGAGAAUUUAAAAAUGAAAUCGUCUUAAUAGCCCGGUUUCAUCACAAAAACCUUGCAAAUCUUUUGGGAUUUUGCUUGGAAGGACAAGAGAAGAUACUCGUCUAUGAAUUUGUGCCCAACAAGAGCCUGGACUACUUUCUAUAUGAUCCCAAAAGGCAAGGACAACUUGACUGGUCAACACGUUAUAGAAUUAUCGGAGGGAUCUCGCGGGGACUUCUUUAUCUACACGAAGAUUCUCGACUAAAAGUCGUACAUCGUGAUCUCAAAGCUAGUAACAUUUUGUUAGGUGAAAAUAUGGAUCCAAAAAUUUCAGAUUUUGGCAUGGCACAGAUUUUUGGAGUCGAUCAAACUCAAGGAAGCACCAGGAGGAUUGUUGGCACAUAUGGUUACAUGUCCCCAGAAUAUGCUAAAUAUGGACAAUUCUCUGUGAAGUCCGACGUGUAUAGUUUUGGUGUUCUGAUUCUGGAGAUUUUAAGUGGCAAGAAGAUCAGUUCUUUCUAUCAAUCAGAUGGUGCUGGACACCUUCUAAACUAUGCCUGGAACCAUUGGAUGGCUGGAACGCCCUUGGAACUGUUGGAUCCAACACUGGGAGAUUCUUACUCGAGAAGUGAAGCAAUGAGAUGUCUCCAUGUUGGCUUACUCUGUGUACAGCACGAUCCAGCCGACAGACCCACAAUAGGAUCCAUGUUGUCUCACUCUAUUACUCUGCCAUCACCAAAACAACCGGCAUAUUUCUUUCCUUGUCGAACAGAGCAAAAAAUGCCGAUAAAGGAGCUUGAUUCGGAUCAGUAUACUAGCAAAUCAACGCCGCGGUCUGUCGAUGAAGCCUCAAUCACUGAAGUAUGCCCUCGAUAGUCUCACUAUCCGUUUAUCAGUCAUGAACCCCAUAUUGGGACUUGAAUUAGGCGUUUAGCUUGUAGUUUUCGAAAG